GUUUGAGACGCGUUUGAGUGUUGAGCUUAAGCCUAGUUUCGACGUUGAGGUUUUUGAAAACUUUCUCGCGUGAGGCUUCGACGUCGCGUCGUCAGUAUAGUACAGAGUUCAAGUCCACGAGAGAUCGCGCGCUCUCACUCUCAUACACCAGCCUGUUCCCGUUGUUCGGGGAAUUGAAAUUGUAAUUGGUUUCGCUGCCGCAGCCGUCGAAGAAAGAAGUCUUUCCUUUCCUCUCAGUGUGAACGCGUGUAAUUCACCGCGAAAGCGCUUUCAAAAGUUUGGCAAAAGCGCGAAUUUUCCGCGGCGAUCCAAGUGUGCCAGGUGUGUGUUUGGUGGUUGGGCUAAAAUGUGACGUUUGUUUGUGGAUGAAAAUUGGAAUGAAAAAAAGUUAAUCAACUUCUCGACUCUUCAAAGCUAAAUUUCAAGUGUGUACAUAUUAAAUUCCAGCUUUUUCCUUACAAAAAUUGCGUGGUGGUGUGGUUCCUGUUAUCAGCGCGCUUGUUGAAAUAGUGUGUGUUGCGAGUGUUUGUGCACUCUGGUGAUAGAUAAAAAUACAGCCAAUUAUCACCUCGCGCAGUUCGCGGGCACUUCACCGUUCCGUUCUCGACAAGUGUUGGAGGCCACUCGCCGCGGAGAGUUUCGUACCUGGCCUGGGUCUGACGCGAGAAGCAGCAGCAGCAGUAGCAGAGAGAGAACCAGCAAAUGAUGAGGUGUUCGGCUUCGUUAUCUGGCUAAAAAAUUUCCCGAAAAAUCAGUGCACUGAAUUUUACCGUUUUUCACCCCCGAAAAGAAAAUCAAAGGAAAAAGAUUAAUCCACACGCAGAGUGUGCGAGUGUGUACAGUGGUUUGGUGUGUGUGUUUUGUGUGAUUAAGUUGCGAGCAACAAAAAAAAAUCUGGAUUAAUUUGUAAAAUCUUUCACAUCCGGUUCCGGGAUUUCCAACCAACGAACGCACCCUAAUAUCUUCCACGUGUGCGAGCAACAAAAAAAAUCUAACCAAAUGCCUUUGUUCAACAAAAAGAGUGCGAAAAUCUCCAACCCAUCCCCCCCUAUGACGAAAGAUCCCCACAACCAGCACCACCAGCAGCUGGGUCACCACCACUACGACAACAACAACUACUACAACGGGAAGAACCCACCAACGGAGAUGCCGACCGCUCCCCACAUCGACGAUCUGAGCGGAAACGGAAACGUUACCAAACCGACGCUCGUCUUCAACUGCCAGCUCGCCCAUGGCAGUCCGACCGGAUUCAUUACGGGCUUCGCGAGCGUCAAGGAGCUGUACCAGAAAAUUUCCGAAUGCUACGACUUCUCCAUGGACGAGAUUCUGUUCUGCACGCUGAACUCGCACAAGGUCGACAUGAGCAACCUGCUGGGCGGACAGAUCGGCCUGAACGAUUUCAUCUUUGCACACAAAAAGGGCCGCCCGAAGGAGGUGGAAAUCGUCAAGUCGGAGGACGCCCUCGGGCUGACCAUCACCGAUAACGGCGCCGGCUACGCGUUCAUCAAGCGGAUCAAAAGUGGCAGCGUGAUUGACCGGAUUCCCCACAUACAGGUCGGUGACCACAUCGAGAAGCUGGACGGGGUGAACGUGGUCGGCAAACGGCACUACGAGGUGGCCCGCAUGCUCAAGGACAUUCCGACCGGGUCGACCUUCACGAUCCGGCUGGUGGAGCCCAUGAAGAGUGGCUUCCAGGGUAUUGCGCCACGCAACAAGGGCGGUGCCAAGCAGACGAAGCAGGGCUACGGCAGUGGCAAGGAGACGCUUAGGUUUAAGUCCAACGGGAAUGCAGCCAUCGAGGACGAGCACGACGAUGCAACUCAGUGUGGAAUAGAUGCCAUCAAUUCACUGCUAGAUUCGUUUAUGGGAAUCAACGACACGGAACUAGCGACGCAAAUCUGGGACCUCGGUAGCAACAAAACCAACUCGAUGGACUUUGCCGAGGCGAUCGAUGCGUCCGACCUGGAGGCGUUCGGAUUCACCGACGACUUUAUCAUCGAACUGUGGGGAGCGGUCACCGAUGCCCGGCAGGGUCGUCAUAAAAGAUGAGACGGUGCCAAUCGAAGAUCGAGUCGAUAAAGCCUGUUGAUACUGAUGCAACAACAACAAUGAAAAAAAUGGAAAGCAAAGCAAAACAUUCCCCCCACACACUCCUAAGCAAAAAAAAAAAAAAGAA